ACACUUAUCGGAAACGGACUCUGAUAACACAAACGGCGCAGUUAGCAAAAUCGUCGUGUUGACAGCUGCUUCGGACAGAAAAUUCUGUCGUAUUAAACAUAAAAAUGUCUAUAUUUACGCCAACGAAUCAAAUCCGUCUGACUAACGUGGCGGUGGUGAGGAUAAAGAAAGGAGGGAAGCGCUUUGAAAUCGCCUGUUACAAGAAUAAAGUUAUGAACUGGAGAGCAGGAGCAGAGAAAGACCUGGAUGAGGUGUUGCAGACAAACUCAGUCUUCGUCAAUGUGUCCAAAGGUCAGGUGGCUAAGAAGGAUGACUUGACCAAAGCUUUUGGGACAGAUGAUCAGACAGAAAUCUGUAAACAGAUCCUGGCCAAAGGAGAGCUCCAAGUGUCAGACAAGGAGAGGCAGUCUCAGCUGGAGACCAUGUUCAGGGACAUUGCAACUAUUGUGGUGGAGAAGUGUGUCAACCCUGAGACCAAGAGGCCGUAUACAGUCAAUCUGAUUGAGCGGGCGAUGAAAGACAUCCACUACUCUGUCAAAGCCAACAAGAGCACCAAACAGCAGGCUCUGGAAGUGAUUCGGCAACUGAAGGAGUCCAUGGAGAUCCAGAGAGCCCACAUGAGGCUGCGGUUGGUGCUGCCAGCCAAGGAGGCCAAGAGGCUGAAGGAGAAGCUGAAGCCGCUCCUGCAGGUUGUGGAGAGUGAAGACUUUGAUGAGGAGCUGGAGAUGGUGUGUCUGGUGGAUCCCGGCUGCUUCAGGGAGAUCGAUGAGCUGAUCCGCUGUGAGACUAAAGGGAAAGGCACUCUGGAGGUUCUCAGUCUGAAGGAUGUGGAGGAGGGAGACGAGAAAUUCUAGUAACCCAGCGAGUCAGGACUCUGCACCUUAUCCACACUAACAUGCUUCACUGCGGCACACAAACUGUAAACUCAUUUAUGAGAUUAUAUUUUUAAAGAGAUUCCUUCUAAUUUCAGUCAUUCCUGUUCCUGAGUCUCUCUGUGUUUAAAGGAGUUGUUAAACUGAAAAAACGUUUUGCCAGACAUGCUGGGUGGAAUGGAUUUUCGAAAAUUAAUUUGAGCAUUUAUACCCACACCUGCAGGUCGGUAAACAGUCCUGGCCUGCACUCACUUAUUUAUUCAGGUUUUAUUUUUAAGCACCUCUGUACCAUUAACCGAACUUUUCUGCCUUCCAUCAGACUGUGUGCACAUGGGAGAAAUGUGCAAAUGUCUCCCAGCUGCACUUUGUGUGCCAUGUAGUCCAGCUCAGCAUCUCCAUUUAGUGGAUAAUUACUUUAACCCAAUAACUUAUAUUUUGUUAUAAUGAAUGACCUUGCUCUGUUGCAAAUAAAUAUUAAGCAAAAUAUUUUAUUUUUUUGUGUAUACACGGCAACUUUCCUGAUACACACACAGUUCCAGUUCCACAAAACUGAUCUGGAAACAAAUCAGUUUUGUGGAACUUUUGCAGUAAUGUGUUGCAGCUGUAAGAACAGAAAAGCAUCACCUCCAUAUCAGUGAUAUAUAAAACAUUCCCAUCAGUUGUACCCCUGAAAAUGAAAAUGAAGAGGUGCAGCACAGAGCACAUUAUGGAAGUAUUCACAGUGCAUUCAGAAAGUAUUCAGAUCCCUUCACUUUUUUCCACAUUUUUAAGUUGCAGCCUUAUUUUAAAACCAGGUUAAUUCAUUGUUUCUCUCAUAACUCUACACUCAAAGUGAAAACAGGAUUUUAGAAAUAUUUGAAAAUCUAUGGAAAAGGAAAAACUGAGUAUAACGUGCUAAAGCCUGCUGCAUCAUACAAAGAAGACUUGAGGCUGUAAUUUCUGCCAAAGAUGCUUUCAUUAGGUACUGAGUAAAGGGUCUGGAUACUUCUGUCCAUGUGAUAGUUCAAUUUUUCCUUUUUAAAAGAAAAUACAGAAAUUUCUAAAGUUCUCUUUUUGCUUUUUCAUUAUCAGAAACUGAUUGUACAUUAAUGAGGGGAAAAUGAAUUUAAAUGAUUUUUACCAUCAGGCAGCAACAUAACAAAAUAUGACAAAAGUGAAGGGAUCUAAAGACUUUCUGAAUGCAUUGUAGAUAUUAUCUUGAAUAUUGUACCAUGAUUUAUAUCCAUUUUUUUUUUUAACAAAUGAAAUAUUUUUUGUUUUUUUUACAUUUCCUUUUGUUUUUACAGAAACAUGUAGUGAACUGGGGCAGUAUAUCAAACAACAAGUUUUGAUUUGAAAUACUUUAAAGGAUUUUUAUUUGUAAAAUUGUGGUCAAAACACAAAAUAAAGUCCUUGGGGGUAUAA